AUGUCGUCGUCUUCCUCCAUGAACAAAUACUGGAUCCCACAUUUGGACAUCCACAAGAAAGUCAUCACCCAGGAGCUACAAUACUACCUCGGGCCGGAGGCGACAGUGCGGUCCUUCACUCGCGAGGGAGAGGAUGGUUUCUUGAUCACAACACCAGGACCUUGCCUGACAGAUGAGCAAAUAGACGACAUAUGUGUCAAGUCCAAAGAGAUGUGGGAAAAACAAGCAGCAGCCAGGGCGUCCGGGACGGCGAACAAAGUCCUCAAGCGGCCACUCCAUCAGCCCGUGGUCAUGUCGAAGGCCGGCGCGAGUGAUUCGACAAGGCGGAGGAGAGAGAGCCGAAGGAGUACCGAGUCCAGAAGCCGACGUGAUGAGAGACGGAGAAACUGA